AUGCUUCUGAUCUUUUGAGUGCCAGACACAAACCAGAGCAGACAGACAAACAGACGCCAGAGGACGGAAGGCUAUCAUGGACCCGAACACGACAAUUCUGCGAGUGAAAAGAAAAAGGGGGACAGACCCCGCAGACGCUUUGUUGCUGGCGUGCAAGCGCAUCCGGCCCGAGUCAUCCCAGAGCCCGGGGGAGACGGUACCGGAGCCAGACGAAGCUGAGGUGGAGAACUCUGUGUUCAAACUCGUGGCGACUGUAGCGACCCAGGAUGCUCCGGUCCAGACCCAGGUCCGGCAGGCCCUGGCCCGGCCCCGCGCAGCCCACGCCCUGCGCCCGUCCGCCUCCAGCUCCCAGCGGAUAAUGGGCGACCUGCGCAGCACCAAGUGGAGCACCCGCAGGGAGGAACGCUACAGAAUCCUGUCCAGCCACCGCACGGGGCUGCUGCGGCCCGCUGAGCAGGAGACCCCCCAGGCUGAAGCCUCAGAGGCCGGAGAGGACAGCAGGACGGACAAACGGUGCGGGUUGGGGGAAAUCCAGGUGGUGGAUCUGGUCCAGGAGGACGAGGAGGAUCCAGACAAACCACAGAGGAAGACGCUGCCGUCAGACCCGGAGGUGAUUCUGUGCAACAACACCAAGCUGCUGCGGGAGCGGCUGGCCGUCUCCGGGGAGAAGCCGGGGGUGGAGCACCGGGAGCACGACGACGACUACGUUUACGACCUUUACUACCAGGAAACGGUCACACUAGGCUGGAUCCAGGACAUCCUGUCUGUCAGGGCCUAUGCUGACGACGGAGAACUGGUUCCAGAUCUGGUGGUCCGUGAAGAGGAGGUCUAUGACGAUGAAGACGACGAGAAUGAAGAAAGCAACUGGAGGAAUGACUACCCCGAUGAGGACAGUGGUUCAGACAGCGACAGGGAGCAGCGCUAUGGAGACUACUGGGAGGAGGAGCACUCCUACUGCAGGAGGGACUGGCAGCGCUACCAGAAAGACGUGUUGCAGGAGCUGGGCUGCAGCGGCGAAGACGACGACGAAGACAAAUAUGAUUCUGACUGACUGCUGCACCGCAACUUUCCAGCUUCCUUUUCCACAAGAUGCCUCGCUCUACGAGCUUCUGUGUAGCAGAGUGCAGAAUAAGAAAAAAGGAAAACAAUCCUAACUGUUCAGAUCCCCCAACGUUGGUGUGGUGUGCCAAAGUACUGCAGCGUUAGUCCCAAUUCCAGAAAGCUUCCUGCAGGUCGGUCGUCUCUCUGCUACACACAGGCUCAGGGAGGGAAGGCGUUUCCAGAAGGAACCCCAGCGUCUGUCUUUAUUUUUAAGCUGUGCUAGAGUGAAUCCGUAUGUGGGUGUUUGUUCCACGUGAAUCGUUGCACAUUAGUGUGGUAUGCCUCGUACGCUUCGUGCCGUUCAAUACUUCUGUUAGCGAGUCGUCUCCAGACACGUGUGUGGGUGUGUGGUUGCAGUUUUUAGGGUGUUUGCAUUCUGUGCAUGGUAGCGCAUACAUGAAUUAGUUUGUUUUGUUUUGUUUUCUGCAUAUUGUGAAAGGCUGGUGCGUAACUUUCUGUUGUGGAUGUGUGAGUUUGUGGUUUGGGGAAGAA